AGAAGAAGAAGAAGGAGAAGAAAGGGGAUGUUGUCAGUUAAAGGGAUUACGCAUUCUAAGAGCCAUGAUCAUUCGCCUCUUUUUGUGUGAUGGGUGAAAUUGCUUUUUAUAUAUCAGGAUAUUUGGUUAAGCUGAUUGUUUUUUUCUGUAAACCAAAUGGUGAUAUCUGUCUGGAGUGGCCUGGACCAGUGACUUGGUGGAUGCAAGCAUCACAUAAAUAGUUAUGAUGCUGCGUACAUCAGAAGGUGGGAAACAGUGCUUUCAAGAUUAUGAUCUGCAGACCAAAUAAAUAAAGGAUUACAAACACAACCAGCCCCCUGUUUUCCACCGUUCUUUGACCAUGGGAGCUGGGGAUGAAAUGCAUCUACAGACAGUAAAAAUGACCACCCCGGGGAUACUGGCUGUGAUGACAGUGUUCUCUAUGAUUCCCGGCGGGUUGCUGAGUGAUAUAAGAGAUACCUGGGGUCUGGAGGGCCAGCAGCUGGCCCAAGGGUCUACUGUUCUGCACCAUCGCCAAAAAAGAGACUGGAUCUGGCAGCAGCUGAUUGUCCGCGAGGAAGAUCCUACUUCACGUAUUAUUGGCCAGGUGAAAUCUAACUCAGACCGAGGUGAUUUUACUAUCCAAUAUGUGUUAUCUGGAGAAGGUGCUGGAGAUACGUUUGAGAUAGAUGAGUAUUCUGGAGAAAUCCGCGCGCUGAAGAAGCUGGACCGAGAGAAAAAGGCCUUUUAUGUCCUUCAGGCCCAGGCUAUAAACAGGAGGACCAAUGAGCCAGAGGAGCCCCAGUCUGAGUUCAUUAUCAAAGUUCAAGACAUCAAUGAUAAUGCCCCUAAGUUCCUGAAUGAACCCUAUUUAUCCAGCAUUCCAGAGAUGAGCCCAGUCGGGACAACCGUGGCCCAGGUGACAGCCACAGAUGCGGAUGAUCCCAUGUUUGGCAACAACGCAAAGCUUAUCUACUCCAUCCUGCAGGGGGAGCCCUACUUCUCUGUGCAGCCAAAGACAGGGAUCAUUGUAACAUCUUGGCCUAAUAUGGACCGUGAAGCCAGGGAAGAAUAUCUGGUUGUGGUGCAGGUGAAAGACAUGCUGGGCCUCAGCGGAGGUUAUUCCUCCUCCACUACGGUUACCAUCAGCCUUACUGACAUAAACGACAAUGGGCCCACAUUUCAGAAGCCUCAGUACACCUUUACUUUGCCUGAAAAUGCACUCAUUGGGACCACAGUGGGCAGAAUCAUGGCAGACGAUGGGGACAUAGGCAUUAAUGCCAAAAUGACAUACCGUCUGGAGGAUGACCUGGAGGAAAGCUCUACUUUUAUCAUUCAAACAAACCCAGAGACACAGGAAGGAGUGGUCCUUCUGGCCAAGCCCUUGGACUAUGAAUCCAAGAGACGCUACGUGAUGAUGGCAGAGGCAGCCAACGACCACCCAGACACUCGGUUUCUAACUCUAGAUGAGUUCAGUGACAGGACAAAGGUGAAGAUUCUUGUGGAGGACGUAGACGAGCCACCUGUCUUCUUCUCAGCACUCUACGAGUGGAAGGUCCCUGAGAAUGCAGCGGUGGGAACAGUGGUUGGCACUGUUAGUGCCAGAGACACCGACGCAGUCAACAAUCCCAUGAGAUACUCAAUCAACAAAAAGACCGAUGCCACCAAAGCUUUCAAAAUAGACCCUAACAAUGGAACCAUAGCUAUCGCUAGAACUUUGGACCGAGAAACUACAGACUGGUACAAUUUGACUAUCGAAGCCAAGGAAACCGCGCAGAGCCAUUUAUCCUCCUCCGUGGUGGUGUUCAUCACCGUGCUGGACGUAAACGACAACGUGCCAAGGCUUGCAAGGGAUUACCGGCCAUAUAUCUGUGAAGGCACACAGGCGGGAGAAGUUAUUCAGGUUCUCAGUGCUGUUGAUCCAGACGAGGCAGUGCAGGAACACCACUUCUACUACUCUAUGGUACCUGAGAAGCGCAUCAAUCCAAACUUCACCAUAAGAGAUAAUCAAGAUAACACGGCAGGCAUUGUGUCACGCAGGAGUACUUUCACACGUAAAGAUCAAACUCAGUACCUGCUACCUGUGGUGGUGUCCGACAGUGGCACCCCUGCUCUCUCCACCACCACCACCUUGACCAUCAGCGUUUGCAGCUGCCUGCCAGCUGGCCAUUGUCCCACUGGAGGGGUGGAGGCAUUCGCUCUUUCUGGGGUCAGCAUGCAAACCUUGAUAGGGAUUUCAGUCUGCCUGGUCACUCUCUCUGCACUGUUGGUUCUAAUGCUGGUAGUGAGAAGGCACAGGCGUAAGAACCAGGAGGGGACAGAUACGGAGGUAAAGGAGCUGGAGCUGCCCGAGUCCUUUUCCCAAAAGGUGCUUUUUUACGAAGAAAGAGGAGAUAGGGCAGCUGGUCUGGACUUCUGCCAGCCCACAGUGCCACUACGCCCUCAUCCGAGGAGAAGAGACAGGAGGCUCCACAAGGAGGAAGUCAGGGCCAGCAUACGGAUGUCACUCAGAGAGUCACACCUCAUUGGGCCUGAGGACGAGGUCUUCAGGCAGUUUAUCCUGGACAGGCUAGCAGAAGCUGAUCAGGAUCCAUAUGUCCCACCAUUUGAUUGCCUUCGGACUUAUGCUUACGAAGGGUCAGGGUCCCCACCAGGGUCUCUGAGCUCAUUGGAUUCCACCUCUUUGGAAUUUGAACCUAGGAUACCUGUGUGCAACUCCAAGCCUAAAGUUGUAAGACUCACCCCUUGGUAUGGUGGAGCAGAGGAGGACACAAUCUUCUAAAGAACUUUUUUUUUCACAUAUUUUUAUAUUAUUCAAUUUUGUUAUGGGGUGAAGAGACCUGGACAGUUCAUGUUGAGUAAGCUUCAAUCAAAUAAAUCGUAUGUUUUCCUUUUUUAUUUUUUCCCACAUUUUUUUUACAUUACACCCACAAACUUUAUUAGAAUUUUAUUGGGAUGUUAUGUGAUUUCUUUUUUAAUUAUAAAUAAAAAAUUUACAUGGCUUUCAAA